AUGAUGAGUAUAGAGCAAUUUGACUCGAAGCUCAAGAACACCGAAGUGCUGAGGAUCAUGAGAGAUUGCACAAACAGCCGCCGAACAACAACAGAGCAAGAUUAUAGGAACCUCCUACAGGACCUUUGCGAGCAUUUAACAUAUUUCGAAGCUGUCCAAUUGCUUAAUCGCUUCGUCUUCAGUGACACGAAGGAGUUGGAGCUACGCGAAAAGGAUGGAGGUUCCUUGGUAUCUAACAAGUACUCGAACAUGGAUCGGCAGACGUGCCAAGCAAUACUCGAAAAUCAGCCAGCAGUGGCAAAGAUUAUGAAGUCGUGCGAGAACUGCCGCUUGACCUCUACAAGAAACGGCUACAUGAGCGCUCUGUGCGCCUUGAGUAUGCAUGUUACUAUGCAAGAAUCUAUCGAGAUGCUCAACUACUUCGGAUCCAUCACUCUGCUCAAGGAUACCGACUUGGACAAGCUCUUCAGAGCAAUGAAGAGCAGAAAAGGCUUUACUGACGCCUUCAACUUCGUGCUUAGCCACGCGACACAGCCGAACCAGAAGACGGUGGUGAUUCGCGGGAUUCCGGUCAUCCUGUUCCAUUCAUGGUGGCAAACGCUUACACCACCUGACAAGGAGAUCGAAGGGGACGAUGAUGGUGAGGAGGAGCAUGAGGAGGACGACAUUGGUGAUGAAAAUUCCAGCAAAGAGAACAGCAGCACACACCUACGCUCACAACAUCAUGUGGCCCCGGCGACAGUACAACUACGAUUUGGGAAUUCCAAUUUUCGCGUGAUGACAUUCGGAACGGCCGAGCCACAUUCACGCAUCACCUCAAGCAAGCUCUUUGUAGGCUGGGAUCUCGAGGGGUACUUUUGCCUUGUCGACCCUGCCGCCAGAGGCUGCUAUGGCGAUCAAAAGCUUGCAUUUGCUCGUCUACACGGACCGGACGACGUGGAGGUGAUGUUCGGGGACCAACCCAACGAUAUCACACUUCACUACCCGGAGGAGUAA